AUGGGCUUUGAUCGGAAUUUCAAGCAGAUGCAAGACGCGGCCGCAGCCGGUUGCCAUUGUUGCGCGAUUUUUGUUGCCAAUGCUGAACUUUUGGAAAUGCCGAAAUACAAGCGCACCCGGGAACUCAUGGAUACCGGUAUAGCCCGCGUGCUCAUGGUUCCUGCUGAGCACUAUAUUGCCUUAGCUAGUUUAUCUGGUUUUCAGAUGAACACUCCAUUGCGUUUCGUCUUGAAACCAGCUAAAUCUAGUAUCAAGUACGUGACUUUGAGCUAUUGCUGGGGCCAAGAAGUGGCACAAUGCCUUAAAGUGGACAAUGUUGACGACUUUGGGCGGGGGAUCCCGUUCAACCAACUCGCCCAAACCUUUCGAGACGCUGUUACCGUUUGCCAGGAGCUUGGAUUCGAACUGUAUAACGACUGGAAAGUCGAGGCGCUGCAGAUGCAGCAUAUUUAUGGCAACUCGGCCUUGAACAUUGCCGCCACAGACUCCAAAAACUGCCACGGAGGACUGUUCCGGCACAGAGAUACCAAGGUUCUUCGACCAUUCAACUUUUUUAUAGCUGACGUAUUUCUCCUCGGGAAAGAACUAAAUGUAGAUCCUGCUCGAGAAUCUGGUCAACAUGAAGAAUUCUUCAAAAAUAAAAAUCCGUCCCCGAAAGAGCGAAAUGGACAAGAACGGGACCAAGAAGAUGCUGAGGAGUUGUUGGAAGUCUUACAAAAAGAUGACAACGCUUGCGCAACCAUAAGCCUCUCCGAUAUGAGCCUUUGCUGGGACCGUUUUGAACAGGCACCUCUCAACCGCCGCUCUUGGGUCUUUCAGGAACGCCUUCUGAGCCCUCGCGUCCUUCACUUCGACAAGGAUCAGCUCGUUUGGGAGUGCCAUUCUCUGACAGCGUGCGAACGUUUUCCUGGCCUACAAGGUAUUGAUGACCUGGUCCCGGAGAACAAGCGUAUCAGAGCAUCCUUGAAAAAGUUGGAAAGCAUGAAAAAAGUAGACCGCACUAUGGGGCGUGAGUUCUACGAUAUAUGGAGACCACUCAUCAAGUCUUACACUGCUACUGGGCUAACAAACCUGACGGAUCGACUGAUUGCAAUCGAGGGGAUUGGGCAAUGGCUCAGCGAGAUUUUUGGAUGCUCGUAUGUGGCAGGUCUUUUCUCAAGAAACAUGGAGAGUCAAUUGGCAUGGAAACCAGGCGAGGCGCAAUGGGAAGAGGUAGGCACGAAGAUGCAACAGCCAAGGAUCACAAUCGCCUCCUCUUGGACAUGGGCCUGCUAUCUCGGAGAAGUCGACAUGCUAUCUCGGAGAAGUCGACAUGCUAUCUCGGAGAAGUCGACAUGCUAUCUCGGAGAAGUCGACAUGCUCUCCCAGUGGAAGCCUGUGGACGGUGAUAGCAGCAGCGCUCGUCACCUGAAAGAUGACGAGCUGAACGAAAUUAUCUUGUGCAAAGAUGCCUCAGCUAAGUUCGAAGAACUGUCUCUCAAGGUCCAAUGUUUCAUGGUCAAAUUACGACUUAUUGACUUUUCUGACGUCAAGGCAUGGCCGAGGGGUCGGCAAGAGCUGGGUUUAUGGUCUGAGGAGGUAGGGAAACCAGUCUACAGUUAUGAAUCGUUGCCCUUUGACGAAGACCGCUCCUUGGAUGAUCUCUGGCCAUUGGUUGAUUGGGGGGGAAAUGCAGAAAACCGACGAUUUAGACUCUGGGACGGAACUCCAGGUCAGGAAGUAAUUGUAUCUCCCAUCACCACAACCCAGGAAGAUUCAUUCAAGGCAAGACUGAGCUUUGACAGUUGGAAAGACUUCCGAAAGAGACGGUCUCUCUAUCUUUUGCCCUCUCACGAAGUCACCAGCUACGAACCUCAGGAUAUCUGGGAAAAGUCAAAAUAUCGCAUGAUCCAAGGCCUGGUUCUCGAGAGACUGGAGGAGGAGGGGAAUCGGUUUAUACGUAUCGGCAUGUUCCGUCUCGAUGACUUUGAACGGCAGAGAUUCUGGCGAGCAGCGAUUGAAACAGACGUCCCCGAAUUAACGAAGCAUUUGUCAAAGGUGAGCACUUGGCCAGACCUUAGCUGGAAAUUCAACCGUGGAAAGCCUUUCAAGUACGACGAAAGGGAUAAUAUGCCGCAGUAUCAGAUAGCCAUCGUGUAG